AAAAAUUCACCCAGAGGAGCCAAGAUCCAGAUGUCUUCACUGGUGAAAUCUAUCAAGUAGUUAUGUAAGAUAACUCCAUGCUCUCGCUCCUCCCUCCUCUUUUCACCAUCUUUCUGUGCCGCUGCGAUGGUGCACAUGAACAUCCUGGCUGAUGCUCUCAACAGCAUCAACAGUGCCGAGAAGAGAGGCUAACGCUAGAUUCUUAACCAGGCCAUACUCCAAAGUCAUCAUCAGGUUUCUGACUGUGAUGAUGAAGUAUGGUUACAUUGGUGAAUUUGAAAUCAUUGAUGAUAACAGAGCUGGGAAGAUCGUUGUGAACCAUACUGGCAGGUUAAACAAGUGUGGAGUGAUCAGCCCCAGAUUUGACGUGCAGUUGAAAGAUCUAGAAAAAUGGCAGAAUAGGGGUGGAGCCAAGAUGGCGGAAUAGUGAGGGCGCGCACUGAUAGUCCGGGAAAAGAUAGUUUAAUAAAAGUGGAGUUACUGUAGCCUCAGGAAAAGGCUCAGGAAAAAAUUGCAGAGGAAACUCCUCCGGAUCUAGUGGAUGUGACAUGAAGAACCUACGGGGAGAGCAAGGUCGCCCACCACUUGGAAGCUGAGCCAAGCCGCCGCAGAAGCCGAGCCGCAGAGUCUGCGUGCCAGCGCUGGAAGGGGAGGCGAGACAAAAACCCCGGUAACCCAAGACAUUGGCGGGGAAAGGCAGAAAGAGCCUAGAGGGAAUGAGGCCUGAAGCCCCGCUGGGCAAGUUCACCAGGCUGACUAGAGGAGAGAAAAAAACAAAUAGAUAAGGGGAACCGGCACGGACAUUAGCCUCUCUCUCCACUCACGUUACAAAGCUGAGCAAGACAAAAAGCAGGCGCCAUUUUACGUAUGUAAAGCAGCGCCUGCCAUUAGCCAAGCAGAAAAACCUGACUCUGGUGGGGAGACAUAACAAGAGGUUAAGACCUAGUGAAAGUGUGGAGCUAACGAACUGAGACUGUGAAAAUCUGAGGGAGGGCGAGAGAACUCACCAAGUACACAAACUCAGUAACCUUGGCAACCUGGUGAGAGACUUCAGAGAAAUUUGAGACCACACUGAGGGCUGCAUAAACUCUUUGUGUGGUCCCAGGGGUAGAGCAGACGAAUACCCACAGGGGCCAGAUUUCAUACAUCAACUACCCUCAAUUCCACUCAGCUGUGUGGAAUUACUUCCCAACUGAGUAAAAAAAACAAAACAAAACAAAACAAAACAAAAAACCAACCAACCAAACAAACAAACAAAAAGAGUGAGCUAGAGAACAAUCUGGGUGAGUCACCUUUGGCACACCCUUAACCCUGAAGAACCAAACAGAGCUCUCUGGCCACACCCAUCACAGCCUCUAAGGAUCCAUCAAAAGCAGACAGUCCACUUAAUCUAGAGUCACAGUAUAAUGAGAAAAAACACCACACCGAAGAAACCAAAGAAUAUCUCCAAUAUGCCAAACAACAAACGCAGAAACCGAGGUAACAAGAACAAGGAAGACACUAUGACGCCCACAAAUGAAAUAGACACCCCAAUUCAAGAUUAGGAAGAUGAUGACAUAGAAGAAAUGCAAGAAGCAGAUCUCAAAAAAUUGAUAAGAACAUUAAGAAGUUCUCAAAAACAAAUUCUUGAACUACAGAAAUCCUUAAUGACAAGAUAGAAAAUCUCUCUCGUGAAAAUGAAAUAUUAAGGAAGAGUCAAAAUGAAACGAAACAACUAGUACAACAGGAAACUGUGAUAGUGACGAGAAAUCAUGAUGAAAUGAAGAAUUCAAUAGAUCAAAUGACAAACACAUUAGAGAGCCUUAAAAACAGAAUGAGUGAAGCAGAAGAGAGAAUAUCAGACGUAGAAGACAGAGAACAGGAGAAAGUACAGUCAAA